AUGGUUGGUUUACUAAAUCCAAUGAAAUAUGGCGAUCAUUUCUAUGAGCUGUAUACGAGCAAUACACGCAGAAAGUUGCAAAAUGAACGCAAGGCGCUUACGAAACGCAAAAGCCGCAAAGAGAAAUCGGCAGCGGCGAUGGCAGCAGCAGCUGCAGCCGCAGUGCUGGAAGGAAAUGCCGCUGGCGUUGCAGCGGGCAUUGUGAAUCCGUUAGAUCCACCGCUAAUCAAGGAUCAAUUAAUGUUGCCCACAUUUCCAGUGGCGCACAUUGAACUCGAUCCGAAUGCAUCAAAAUUUGCCGUAUUCUCCGCCAUACGCUCCACAGUGCUGGAGGCAGAGACGCGCUUUGCGCUGUUCAGCGAAGGCGGCCCAGGCGCAGGUGCCCUAAAGAAAUGGAGCGCCAACAUGGGCUCGUCCUGCUGUUUGAUCUGUGCCGGCAGCUGCAUGGUCAGCAACAUGGUCGAGUGCUCCUGUCAUGCAGCACAAGCAGCAAUCGCUGGCGUUGCGGGCAUUGCGGCCGCUGUAGCUGCUGGCGCGGCAGGUGCAGCAGUUGGAGCAGCAGCGCAUGCUGCUGAUAAACGCACAAACAACCAUAGGGGCAACCAUAGCGAUGACGACUCGGAUGUGGAGGAGCCCGAGGAGCGCGAACCCGUCUAUGCCACAGUGCCGCUUAUUGUGGGCGCUGGACUGCGCAGUCUCUUCGAGCUCAUAGCGGACGCACGUCACAUUCAGCCGCUGCUCUGCACCAAGGCGCUGAAGGCGCUGCUCGACGUUAUACAGGGACAACAACCAGAAUCAUUUAAACUAGAACCAGAGGAACUGGUUAAUCCACUCUACGAUUUACUGCUGGAUCUGGCAACGAUGCCGGCAGCGCUAACCUCCAGCACCGGUGCCGAGGCCAAUUGGUCCGCCAUGGCCUGCGCCGCGCUCAUCGGACUUUGCAUUGCGCGCGGCGACACGGGCAAGAUGCUCAAAGCCAUAGCAGCUAUGCUAAUGUCGCCGCGUCAGCUCUCGGCGCAAAUUGUGCAGCUGCCGGCGGUGCUGGCGUCACUGCAGCAUACAGUGGUGAGCGCAGCGCUGAACAAACCCACACGUCCGGAUUUCUAUACGCAUGGCGUACCACAGAAUUCACUUAUCGAUGAGUUUUCAUUGAAGAUUCCAAUGCUGUCGGUGCCCAUGCUGCUCAGUGUGCCGGCCAUGGCCUGCGAUGGCGUCUUUGUCUAUGUGCUGUAUGGCAACACGCUGCUGAAGAUUGGCACCGGCUUUGGCGGCAGCUACAAGGGACACAUCUAUGCACAGAACGAUGAAUUUCAUCGCGAGCGUUACACUUGGCUCGGCUACAGCGGCGGACAGUUGUAUUUCCGGCGUAAUUGCGGCAAGCGCGGUCCCGACCAGCUGCAGCUCAUUGGACUGGACACGCUGGCUGUGAAGUCAAUGAAUCCACUCAACAUGCUGUCCAUGCGCGAAGGCCUCAACUAUGUGCUCUUCACCGACGAUGAUUCGCUUCAUGCCAUUUGCAGCAAUCGCGACGACACGCUGGUGGUGCGGCGACUGCAUCUGUAUCACAACAGCUACAGCAGCGAGCCGCCGCCGUUUGAGCUGCCGCUGCAGCUGGCGCGCAAGAAGUUCCGCACACUUGGCUAUGCCGCCUUCGAGGAUGAGCUGCUGAAUCAGAAUCAGAUACAGCGCAUACAGUCGGCGCACAAUAAUUUCGAGCCCAAGCUGCCGCCGGGCAGUCGCGACGCGGAGGUGCUGGGCGUGGCGUGUGGCAAGGAGUUCGGACUGGUGCGUGCCAGCAGUGGGCGUGUCUACUACUAUGGCAAGUCGGCGGCGCUGGGCUUGAAGUGCGUGGGACGCACCAUGUCGCUGAAGUUAACGGAGCUCAUAAUUUCCAAAUCGGCGCACAUAGUGCAUGUGGCUGUGGGACAUGAUGGGAUACAUGCGCUGCUGGUGAACGAGGACGGGAGCGUUUAUUUUACGGGCACAGCGCGACGCGGCGAGGAUGGCGACAGCUCCAAGAAUCGCCGUCAGCCCAAGGCGGUGAAGCCCAAGAAAAUGAUCAAGAUCGAGGGGCACACGGUUGUGCAUGCGGCUUGCAACAAUGGCACAUCGGCUUUUGUCACCAAGACGGGCAAGCUGAUUAUGUUCGGCAAGGAUACGGCGCACUGCGACUCCAUGGGCUUCGUUACCGAGCUGCUGGAUCAGCAUGUGAGCAAAGUGGCGCUGGGCAAGGCGCAUUGCGUGGCGCUGACGGCCAAGGGGCAGCUCUACACCUUCGGCUUGAACAACAAGGGGCAGUGUGGACGCGUGUUCAACAAAAUGAUGCCGGUGAAGGAUGUGCCCAGCUCGUCGGCUGCCUUUGCGGACAAGCUGCGUCAUAAGCUGGACUUUUCCACGCUCUGCGACUACGAUGAUCACAACCUGGUGCAGGGACAGUGUCGCGUCUGCAUUAUGUGCCGCGAGUGCACGGGCUACAAUGUUAGCUGCGUCUCGGCGCUGAAUGUGCCGCUGGAGCAGCGUGUGGCGGGCAGCAGCUGCCCCUGCGGACAUGGCGAUGCGGGCUGCGCCAAGUGCGGUCUGUGCGCCGCCUGCGUGGCGCUGCAGGAAAGCGAAAGUGAGGCCAAGCUGGAGGUUAAGCCAGCGCCAGCGGCUGAGCUGCAGCGUCAGCAGCGCUCCAAGACGCUCAUUAUGCGACGCAAGGAGAGCAAGAAGCCCAUGGAGCUGGAAACUGGCGCCGCCGGCUGCAUUGGCGGCGGCGGCACGCCCACCGACUUAGAGAAGGAUCCACCGCGUGUAGCGCCGCUGGCGCCACAGCUGCUUACGCUGCCCAGCAUGUCGCCAGUGGUGCAAGUGGCCUGCGGCCUGCAUCACACUGUGCUGCUCACGCUUGGCGGCGAGGUCUUCACGUUCGGCAGCAACCAGUACGGCCAACUGGGCACGGGCGAUCUGCAGCCCGUGAACGGCGCCGUGCGCGUGCAUACGCCAGUGCCCAUUACCCAAAUCGCCGCCGGCAGCAAUCACACGGUGCUGCUCACCCACAAGGGCAUUGUCUAUACGUUCGGCAACUACCAGAAGGGCCAGCUGGGGCGUCUGCCCAGCGAUUCGGGCAAGCCGGGCUCGCUGAUUCCAGCUGCGCCGCCGCCGCCAGCAUCGCAAACGCUUGCGCUGCAAAUCGCUGCACAGCAGCAGGCGGCCAAGCAGCGGGAGCAUGUGCUGCAGCAUCACGACGAUGAUGACGAGGAUGUGGCCUGUGCCACUUGCCUGCUGCCUGGCGGCUCCAAGGAGACAAUGCUGGUGCCGCCGAAUACUUCGAAUAUUCUGGCGCAGCGUCUCAAGUUUCUAUGGAACUGCUCCAUUGGCGCUGUUACUGGUCUUGGUCCCGCCUUUGGCAAGAAGGUCACCUGGAUAGGCGCCAAUGGCGAUCAGACGUUUAUUAAAAUCGAUGAAUCGCUGAUCACAGCGCAAAUGCUGCCCAAGAUGCAUGUGGUGGCCAACAAGAAAACAAUUUUGCUUAUACCCAGCAUUCCAUUGUCCUUCCACACGCUCUCGAUCAAUCGCAGCGACGGCAGCUGCACGCCGCAUUAUCGCGGCCAGACCAACUUUAUGCGUGAGCUGCAUCCGCAGCAGCAGCCGCUGCUGCUGCCCGAGGUCAAUCGCAAUGUGGAUGCAGUGCCGCCGCCGCCGCCGCUGGCAGCGCCGCUUGCCCUGCCACCGCUGCUGCUGCCCAGCAGCUCGCCCGGCGUGCCCAUCAAUGAGCAAAUGUCGCGCAGCAUGCACGAGGCGCGCAAUCACAUCUUUGAGGAUCUGCAGCCAGAUGCGGGCGCUGCGCCAGCUGCUGCGCCGCGACUGCGACGCGGGCGUGCACGUCCCGAUGCCAUCUCGCUGCCCGCCAUAUCGCCGGAUCAGGCGCUGCCCGCGCAUCUGGCCUUUGCCAUGGAUCCCAGCUACAAUGUGCUGUGGGUGUUCGAUGCCAUGCAGCGCAAGUUGCGUUGCCACAAUGUCAUUGCCAGCGAAAUAGCCGCCGAUGAUGUGAAUGCCGCCACCUAUAAGGCGCUGCUGUCGCCGGAGCUGUCGCUGCCCUGCAAGGCGGAGGCGCGUGUGUCGCGCUCGCAGGCUUCGCUUAAUCUGCUGGCCUGCCUGGAUAUACUCACCUCGGCGCAGGACAAUAUACCGCGCUGCUUUGAGCAGCCGCUGCCCAAGACGCCGCAUCAAUCGGUGGACACGCAAAGCGGCGACUAUCAAGUGGUGACGCGCUUUGACAACUUUGGCGGCGGCUGGGGCUACUCCGGGCAUAGUGUGGAGGCGCUGCGCUUUAUGGCGGACACGGACAUUGUGGUGCUGGGCUUUGGCAUGUUCGGCGGACGCGGCGAGUACAGCUGCAAGAUUCGUUUCUAUGAUCUGGGCGUCGACGGCGGCAGCUAUGAGAAGGAUGGCAUUUUGCUCUGCGAGACCAAAGAGGUGCCCUACGAAUGCGCCGCGCGCAGCAAACAUCACAUUAUGCUGCCGAGACCCAUGAACGCGAUUGCUGGACGCUGGUAUUUGGUCUGGGCACGCAUUGCCGGACCCUCCUCCGAUUGCGGCUCCUGUGGACAGGCCACUGUCACCACCGAGGAUCAGGUGGUGUUUAGCUUCAAAACCAGCAAGAAAGCCAACAAUGGCACCGAUGCCACCUCUGGCCAAAUACCCGCCAUACUCUAUCGUUUAGUUAGCCAGGACAACAAGCCGUCGCAGGUAGUUGGUCCAUUGGACGCCGAUCCUGUGCAGCGCAUCUCGCGCGCCUUUGCCAACAGCGUUACCCGCGAGUGCUUCGAGAGUCUUGUCGUGCUGCUCAGCUGGUCCUGGGACUGCUUCAAGACGCAGCUGCGCGAGCAGCGCGAUCGUUCGCGUCCACUGCAACUCCAACAGACGCUGCAGUACCUCGGCCACGUCAACAAAUCCUGUCUGCGCCUGCUGCGCAAAUACACCAACGAGAUUUAUCCACAACACUCCAGCACAACAACAACAACAACAACAGCAGCAACCACUACUAGCAAUUAUCCAAAACCCGCUACGGCGGUCUGCUCCAGCACGCUUGGUGGCCACACCGUGCUCGCUUCACUUGGCAGAGCCUCAGCCAAGCCAAAAGAGAAGAAUAUCAAGAGCGGCUCUAGUCAUGGCUCGACUAGCGGCACACAAGUUUCGAAGAAAACAAAUCUGGAGAACAUACAAUUGGCCGAAUGCAUUGGCAAUGUGCGAGCGCUGCUCAUUAGCAUAUUUUGCGAUGAUAUCUUCAAGGACAUAGCCACGGAUGAGGGUUACGCUCUGGUGCUGGAAAUACUCGACGAGUGUCAUUUGAGUUUUGUUGCCUGCUUCGAUGCUUUUUAUCCGACCGCGUCGUUGAAAUGGAAUUGCCUGUGCGACUUGUUGGCGCAAAUGGAUCGCGGCGCGCUGCACUCGCGUCUGCUGAGCGCCAUACUGGCGGGCUUAUGCUCACCCACGGUGAAGCUGCGCGCCACAUUCUCGCUGCUGAAUCCGGCGGGCGGCAAUGAGCGUCGUCAGUCGAUUAUCAGUCCCAGCGACAAUUCGGGCCUGCCCAUGUUGUCGUCGACGGAGGCGCAUCAGUAUCCCAUAUUGGUGGAGCAAAUGAUUUAUCGCACGCAGCAGGAGAAGAGCGACUUUCUGAGCAACACGUGGACAUUUAAGGAUGUGCUGGUGCGUCUGCUGGACAUCAUAGCCAGUCCCAUACGCUCGCGCAUUGAGCUCAUCUACAGUCGCUGCAUGGGCGGCAGCUAUGUGCUGAAGGAGUCCAUCAAUCAGGGACUCAUAGACAACUGCUGCCACCUGCUGGCGCGCGUGCUGGCCGAGAUUGUCUACCAGACGGCGCUGGGCGAGUUCGACAAAAUGUUUUUGCAGCCACGCGCGCUGCAUAUGACAGCGACGCGUUUUGCUCGCUGCGACAUGAGCCGCACCUGGAACACGGGCAACUUUGGACCGGACGCCAUUGCGUUCUCCGUGGAUCGUCCGGGCAUUGCCAUUGCCGGCGCCAUGAUUUACUCCGGCUCGGGCAGCUAUGACUAUCAGCUGGAGCUGCUGUAUGACAACACUGUGGACUUGCAGCCGCAGCACAAAUGGGAAGCCAUGGAGUCCAUAACUGGCAGCUAUGAUCAGGAUCAAGUGCACAAUGAAAUGACCGAAGUUAAGUUUGAUCAUCCAGUUGCUAUAAAGGAAAAUGCGCGCUAUGCUUUGCGGCUUUGCUCGCAAGGCGCACGCACUUGCUCCGGCGAUGCGGGCAUGACCAGCGUGCGUGGUCCCUGCGGCGCCAAUUUCCAUUUCUAUGCCUGCGACUUGAGCUUCAAUGGCACAACGCCCGCCCGUGGACAGCUGCCCUGUUUGCUCUACUACAGCACGCCGCUCAAGCAGCAGCAGCAGCAGCAGCAGGAGCAACAGCAGCAGCAGCGCCAGCAGCAAACGCUGGAAACUCACGCCAUAGCCGAGCUCUCCAGUCGCGACACUGCGCUGCAAAUAGCCGCGGAUAUUACCAAGAAAUGCACGGAGCUGCUGAUACUGGCACGCAAUGCGAUGGCGGCCAGCUGCUCACCCACUGACAACUCGAACAGCUCCAAUCAUACACAAACUAUUGACUCGGAGCACAACAUAACGCCCAUCGAGGAGCACAUGGACAUUAACUGGGCCAACAACUCGCGCACUGCAGCGCUGCCUGUGGAUCCGCAGCUCUCGACUGCGGCGCGUGACCUGGGCAAGCGCAUUGAGUCCUUCUCCAAGGGCAUUAUGGAAACCUUGAAAUUCGACAAACGCUCCAAUAAUCCAUUCGAAAUGGAAAUCGAGCUGGGCGCCACUGAAAUUGGCGUUGAGGAAACGGCUGAGCUCAACUUUUGCAAUGGCCAAAUGGCAGCCAAGCUGAAUGGCAAUGAGCGCGCCAGCAGCGAAGCGCAGCUGCCACAUUCGGACUCCGAGGAGCCGCAGAUUUUGGGCAGCGGCGCUGCAGCGCUGCAGCUGCUUGAGGUGUUCAAUCUGAGCGCCUCCAAUAUGUUCCAUACGCUGCUGCCGCUUGUCUAUGCGCACAUUGCCAACUUGGCGUGCAGCGAUCCCAAGAGCUCGGUGCAAAUUCUGGGACUCAUCAAGGAGAUUCUGCCGCACAUUGCCGCGCUCAAUCAACUGCAUGUGGGCAAGCAGCAACGCAGCGAUGCGGAGGCCAGCAGCGCCACUAGCACCACCAGCAAUCACUACUGCGUUGUCGAGUCCGAACAUCCGUAUCGCAGCGCCAGCGUCAGCUGCUAUCGCGUUGAGUUUCCGCCCUGCGUGCAGUGGCUCACCAUCGAGUUCGAUGCGCAGUGCGGCACCGCACAGCUGGAGGAUUAUCUGCUGCUCUCCAUACCCAUUAAGCCGGCUGCAGCUACAGGCGCGUGUCAAGCUGCUGCUGCUGCUGCUGCUGCUGGCGAGGAUUACUAUGACAUGCUGGACAACAAUGUGAGCGCCAAGCGCAGCACCAAUUGCCACAAUGCGCAGCUCUAUAUGAACAGCUGUCAACCGGGUGGGGUGCCAACUAUGCGCUCCGACGAUGCCAGCGAUCCGGACUGGAUUGUUGUACGAAAAUUCAAUACCGCCUCCAAUUGGCUGCAAAAUGUGCUCAUCCUGCCUGGCAAUGUGGUCGAGUUCUCAUUGGAAACUGCCUCAAUGUAUGCGCAGGAUCCGCAUAAUAAUCGCUUCGGCUUCAAGUGCCUAGUUGUAGGCUAUGAUAAUCCCACUGCAAUCAAUGCCAGCAACUCGUGCCUCAUACGCCUCGAACAGGAGUUGGCCUAUUUGGGCGGCAUGUGCGGCGCCAAUUUAAUGAAAAAGGAACUCAAUUUACCAGACGAUAAGGAUGUUGAGGAUAUGAGCGGCAUUGAGGAGACCAUAAGCGCUCAUCAUGCGCUGCUUUCAAAAGGAUUUGCGCUCUCCGAUCCGCAGCUAACGGUGCAUCAGGCGCUGGAUUCCUUUUUGCCCAUAGGUUCGCAGUCGAAUGAGCGUCAGUUCUUGAAGGAUUUUAUUAGUGGCGCUCCCGGUUCCUCAGGCGCGCGUCUGGCCGCCUGGCUGCAGCCAGAGUCACGUCUAGAUCCAAACAAAUGUGAGCUGAACACCAUAACCGAACCCUUGCGCUAUGGCUGGCCCACGCAGGUGACUGUGACCAUAAGGGAUCAGUAUGGCGACGCGGUGCUGGUGCCAGAGCUUAAGGUCGAGAUCAAGGCCAUACCCACUGGACGCUAUGGCAGCAGCGGCGGCGGCGGAGCUACCAAGGCGGGCAACCUUAAGAUGCGUCGCAGCUCCUGCACGGACGAGGGUCAGCCGCCUGGCUUGAGCCUGAGCGGGCAGCUGGGCGGCGUGGCGGCACCGCCGCGACACAACUACGAGGUGACCACCAAGGAGAAGAUGUGCUUCAAGGCCAUCACCUUCAUGAAGCCCUACACCAACUACUCGUUCGAGGAGCUGCGCUUCAGCUCGCCCGUGCAGACGCGCACCACCGAAACGCUCUACGCGCUGGACAUGGAGGACGGCACGUUCUCGGUGCAGUGGACGCCCAGCUCGGUGGGUGGCUACUGCUUGGCCGUCACCAUCGACGGGAUACCGCUGGAGGAAGUGUAUCGGGUGGAUGUGCAGGAGGGCGUGCUGCCGCCGCCGGCGCAACGCUUGAGCACGGCGCGUCGGCAGGCGCAGGCGCCGAGCAAGUUGCGCAAGUUUCAGGCGCGGCACAGCGCCGGGUUGCGCAUUCGGUCGCAUCCCACGCUGCAGUCGGAGCAGGUGGGCGUGCUGCGUCUGGGCGGCGUCAUCUCGUUCAUCGAUGAGAUUGAGAACGACGAUGGCGUCUGGCUGCGACUCUCGACGGAGUCCAUACGCCAGCACUGCACCAUGGGCUGGUAUCCCACCGAGGCGUGGUGUCUGCAGUUCAAUCAGCAUCUCGCCCGCACGCUGCUCCAGCCGGUGGCAGAUGGCGCCAGCGCCAGCGCCAAGAGCGGCAAGGAGUCGACAGUGGGUGAGGCUACGGCGGUGGAUGCGCCGCCGCCGCCGCCCAGUCCACUUGAAAGUCCCAGCGUGGCCAGUGCGCCGCCCAGUCCCAGCAAGCUCCGGUCACCGGAUCAUCCCACAAUUGCUGCGGCCAUGCCCAAUAUAUCGACCAAUCCAUUUCUGCUGCCCACGGAGCCGGAGCCGCUGAUGCCGGCACCGCCCGAGCUGCUGCCCGCCAAUCUGGGCUCAGCCAUUGCGGGCGUCGUGGGCGGCGGGGCCAUCAAGCUGCAGGCGCUGCAGAAAUGGUUCAAGGGCGAUGCACUGGAGGGCAACCAAGCGGCUGCCUCCUCGGGCGUCUCGGUGCGCGAACUGGUGCGUGUCAUGGGCGGACAGCAGGAGCCGCCGCGCGGCAAUGGCAACAGUCGCGGCGAGGAGCUGCCGCCGCCACCGCCACCAGAGCAGGACUUCGACAUUGCGAGCGUGCGGCGCAUGAACUACACGCCCAGCCAGACGGCGGCGCUGCUAUCGACGCCCAAGCAUACGCCCCGACGCAGUGCUGCAGCCACACAGCAGCAGCAGCAGCAGCAACAGCAGCAGCAGCUGGAGGAGGAUCUGAAUCUGCUGAAGAUUACAACGACGACAACCAGCACGGAGACGCAGAGCGAACUGCAGCUGGGCACAGCCCAACCCGAGGGCAGCAGCAGCAGCAGCAGUGGCUCCGCCUCAGGCUCCGGUUCCGGUUGCGUCUCCAAGCGCAGCACCAUCAUGGGUCCCAUCAAGCGCGCCAUGCCGCCCUCAUUUGCCGAGUCCAUACGCGCGGUAUUCGCUGCGCUGCUCUGGCACGAGGGGAUCGUGCAUGAUGCCAUGGCCUGCGCCAGUUUUCUCAAGUUCCACCCGGCGCUGCCCAAAGAGGGCGCCACUGUGGUCACACGCCGCGAGGCCGGCGAUGCGCGUCUGCAGCUGUCGCGGGAGCAGAAGGCGCAGCAGCGUCACUCCGUCGAGGUGGCCAAUGCGGGACACUAUCUGAACAUACGUCCGGCUACGCUGGAGACUUUGGCCAAGAGCGGCAACUGCUCGCUGCACAAUCGCAGCAGGAAUCGCAAGCCGGCGGGCGAGGAUCAGGCGCCGUUGUCGGAGCUGCUGGUGAGCGUGUUGCCGCCGGCGCUGCGCUGUCUGGUGUAUCUCUGGGAGCAGAUCUGCAGUGGGUGCGUGCACAUUGUGCAGACGAAUGCGCUGAAUGAGCAGCGUCUGCCCUCGCCCACGCGUGAUGGGGGCGCCGCUGAUGCGGAUGCCAAGUCGUCGUCCAAGCCGGAUGCAGGCGAGGGGAAGGCGGAGCAGGAUGCUGCUGCCGCUGCCGCUGCUGCUGCUGCGGGACGCAAGAAGCGCAAGAAGAAGGAGGACGGCAGCUGGUGCGAGAUCUGCGAACUGUUCCUGCCCAUGCCGGUGACCUACCACAUGCGCAUCGCUCAUCCCGGGUGCAGCAAGAGCGCCAAGGGCAAGGGCUACAACUCGGUGGGCAUUUUCUGCGAGGGCUGGGCCGGCAACUGCGGCGAGGGCGGCAAAGGCGCCUCCAGCUGGUUCCUCAUGUGCGACGCCUGCCGCGAGCGCUACCUGGCCAGCGCCAAGGGACGACCGCCUGGGAAUAUCAACAUGGUGGCGCCCCUAAACGAAAGCAGCACAGCUGAUGAGCUCAAACUGUUUGGGGUCAAGAGCGACACGCUGCUGGCCAAUGCCGAGGUGUACACCACCAUGCGCGAGAAUGCGAGCUUCCUGCUCGAGCUCUGCUCCAGCUCGGAGUCGGUGAAUGGAGGCGCCGUCGCCGCCGCCGCCGCCUCUGUGCCGCAGGCUUCGCCCAGCAUGGGCAUGCCCGUGGUCAUUGAGCAUCAGGAUCUGAGCAGCAAGCCGAGCACCAGUCGCGCAGAUGCCGCACGCUGCAGUCGCCUGGCGCAGCGGCUGAGCGGCAAGUACGGAGCCUAUCGCAAGAGUUUCGUUUGCCUGGCCACGUCGGCGACGCCGGAGAACGUUUGGCUGCCGCCCGAGAGCUUUGCCUGCCUGGAGUGUCUGGGCAGCGCCGCUCAGGAGGAUCUGCCCUAUGAAAUGCUGGGAUUGGCGGGCGCGCAGAAUGCGCAGGAGUCGGGCUUCGAUAGACCGCUUUCGGAGCUGUCCUAUGAAUCCGCCGAGCACAACGCCUAUGAGCCGCCUGGCGCCAGCGCUGGCUUGUCCAAGUUCCAUCGCAGCUACUCCAUGGGUCAGGGCUGGAAUCUGACGCCAGCGCCAGUGACAGCGACCGCGCAGCUGCCACCAGAUGCAGCACCCAAAGUUGUCUAUCGACGCCGCAACAAUUCGAGCAGCGAGUGCAAUGUCAUUGGCGGCGCUGGCUCGCUGCUCAUCUGUUAUCCAUCGGAGCAUCUGCGUCGCCUAGUGCCGUCCAAGCUGCUUGCGAGCAAGAGCAAGCGCAAGCACUCAGCACUGCGCGGUGAAGCCGCUGCCGAGGGCCGGCGGCUGAGCCGGCUGUGCUAGGAUCGCAGGGCAGAGCUCCGGCAGGCACGGCAGAGUCUGCUGCUGCUGCGUCCCGCCAUGGCGUUCAUCACCCAGAAGCACGAGCUGGAGCGACUCCGCUGCGCCAUGCGCCGCAGCCUGCGCAUCGCCGCCUGCCGCAUCUACGCGCUCCAGGCGCUCAAUUGGCUGCUGCGCAGCGUCACCCAAGGCGUCUGUCUGCACGAUCUGAUGUGGUGGUUCGUCAGCUCCUUGGCCAUUGCGGAGCCGGAUGCGUGCGAAACGGAGCCGGCGCUGGAGCAUCCCGCCGCCUACACACAGAUCAGCGGACGCUUUGCCCACGGCAUCACCCAAUCCCUGCACGUGCUGCUGCAGUCCGUGGCGGACUUGACGCUGCAGCUGCCGCUCGGGUCGCCGCUGCAGCGCAUGGCCAUUCAGUGCUUCGGCAUACGCUUCCGCCAGGCGGACCAUCAGUUCCUGCACAGCUCGCAUGUGUUUGGCAACAUCUCCCAGAUACUGUCCAAGUCGGAUGAGCAGAACGACACGGCGGACGCACUGCCGCUCACAAAUCAGCACGAUGCCGAGCACAAUCAGCUGCUGGAGGCGGGUGCACGGCUGUUCAGCUACACGGAUCUGCAUGGCAUGUUCGAUGUCACCGUCAGCUCACGGGCCGCCAUGGCCGAGUCCUUGACCGACGGUUCGACGGAGACUUUCUGGGAGAGCGACGAGGAGGAUCGCAACAAGUGCAAGAUCAUCGAGCUGAGUCUCAAUCGCAACAGCUUCAAUUGCAAGCUGCUCCUGGUGCACAUCGACAACAGUCGCGAUAUUCAGAACAAAGUGCUCAAUGUGGUCUUCUAUGCUGGCCAAUCCCUGGGCGACACCAGUCUGCUCAAGAGCGUGGACGUGGAUCCGAAGGCCUGCGUCUGGCUGGCGGCCAAGAUACAGGACGACAGCUGCACGCACUUCCGCCUGGAGCUGCACGGACCGGAGAAUACGCUGCGCGUGCGUCAGAUCAAGCUGCUGGGACUGCCCAGUGCGCAGGCCAAGCGGCUGUCCAGGCAGCAGCAGCAGCCGCCGCCGCCGCAGCAGCAGGAGCAUCGAACUCCUCCUCCGCAUGUGCGUCUAUGCAACGCUGGACGGAUACAGCAGCAGAUCUGCGAGGCGGAGACGCUGCGCGUGUUCCGGCUGAUUACGGCGCAAGUCUUUGGUAAACUCAUAAGCGUGAGUGCUGCUCCCGCUGCGCCGGCGGCUCUAGAGGCGGGCAGCUCACUCGAUCUGCGCGAGCACAUGGUCGGGAUACUCUUCUCGCGCAGCAAGUUGUCGCAUCUGCAGAAGCAGGUCAUAGUGCAUAUCGUGCAUGCCAUACGCAAGGAGGCGGCGCGCGCCAAGGAGGACUGGGAGCUGGCCAAUCUGGCGCAGUCGCUGGAGCAGCAGCAGCAGACGCCGCUGCCACCGCUGCCCAGCGCGCCCACAGCCACGCCCACAGUGGCUCCAGCAGCCCGCGAUGCCAGCGGCUCAGGCUCAGCUACACGCGCUCCGGACACUUAUUGCUUCGAAAUGCUGAGCAUGGUGCUCGCUCUGUCCGGCAGCGUCGUGGGUCGCUCGUAUCUGUCGCAGCAGACGGGACUGCUGCGGGAUUUGCUGGGACUGCUGCACACGGGCAGCGAUCGGGUGCAGCGGCAGGUCACAGCGCUGCUGCGUCGCAUUCUGCCGGAGCUAACGCCGGAGAGCUUUGCGGAUUUGCUCGGCGUGCAGCGACUGCCGCCGGCGGACUACAGCAUUGCGCAUCAGGCGGGCGCGGACUUUGACAUGAGCCGCUUGGGCCUGCUGGACAUAUUCCUGGGCGUCAUUGCCAAGUCGCUGCAGCUGCAGGUGAAGAUCAAGGCGGGCACCAAGACCGCGCAGCUGGAGAAGACGCCCGCGUUUGUGCGUCUGUGCAGCUCCCUCGAUCUAUCCGUGCAGCAUCUGGGCCACGGCAUUGUGAGUUGCAGCUCGGCGACGCCGCCAGUGCCCAGCAGCGCGCUGCUGUUCCACUUCGAGCCGCGCUUUGGCAUAGCCAAGCAGGAGUCCAAGCGCAAUCUGAACCAGCGCUGGUUCCUCAACGGCGUCAUCUCCACCAAGCAGGCGGAGAGCAUCAUUGCGCUCAUACGUGACUUGGCCAGCGGCAAGCUCAGCGAGCAGUGGGCGCAGAUCACCAAGGCGGCCAUAGCCGAGUCUGUGCUCAAUCUGACGCGACUGGAGGAAGUCUAUCGCACGCCGGAGCAUUGCACCAAGACGGCGACGCUUUGGCUGGCGCUCGCCAGUCUCUGUGUGCUGGAGCGUGACCAUGUGGAGAAGCUCAGCUCCGGGCAGUGGUCCAAGUUCUGCGACACGCGUCCGCUCUGCACCAACCACGACGAUGGCGAGACCGCGGCCAUCAUACAAUGCGAGGCUUGUGGCUCGCUCUGCGGCGACUGCGAUCGCUUCCUGCAUUUGAAUCGCAAGACGCGCAUGCACAAGCGCACGGUUUGCAAGGAGGAGGAGGAAGCCAUACGCGUGGAGCUGCAUGAAUCCUGUGGCCGCACCAAGCUCUUCUGGCUGCUUGCGCUCGCCGAUUCCAAGACGCUCAAGGCCAUGGUGGAGUUCCGCGAUGGCAGCCACGCCAUCAUCUCUGGCCCACAAGAAGCCAUUGGCCGAUGCCGCUUCUGCGGCGUUACCGGCAGCUCCGGACUGCUGGAGAUCGGCAACGUGUGCGCCGAUGCGCAGUGCCAGGAAUACGCCGCCAACUCUUGUCUCAAAACCAAGCCCUGCGGUCAUCCCUGCGGCGGCGUCGCCAACGAGCGCAAGUGUCUGCCCUGUCUGCAGCAUGUGUGCCACAUAAGGGAGAACGAGCUGGCCGAGGAGCUCCACGAGCCGAAGCUUACCCAGGAUGCGGACGACAUGUGCAUGAUCUGCUUCGUCGAAGCGCUCAGCUGUGCGCCCUCCAUACACCUGGAGUGUGGACAUGUAUUUCAUUUUCACUGCUGCAAGGCAGUGCUGGAGAAGCGCUGGAGCGGACCGCGCAUUACUUUUGGCUUCUCGCUGUGUCCCAUCUGCAAGGCGGACAUACAGCAUCCAUUACUAGCCGAUAUACUGGAACCCAUCAAUUCACUCAAGCAGGAUGUGAAGCGUAAAGCGCUAAUGCGCAUCAAGUACGAGGGCCUCGUUAAGGAGACGGAGAACAAGGAUGUCACCCAACUGGCCAUGGAUCGUUAUGCGUAUUACGUUUGCUUCAAGUGCCAGAAGGCUUAUUAUGGCGGCGAGGCGCGCUGCGAUGCUGAGAUUGGGGAGAAAUUCGAUCCGGAGGAGCUUGUCUGCGGCGGCUGCUCGGAUGUGGCACGCGCCCAGAUGUGCCCCAAGCAUGGCACCGAUUUUCUCGAGUACAAGUGCCGCUACUGCUGCUCCGUCGCCGUUUUCUUCUGCUUUGGCACAACGCAUUUCUGCGACACCUGCCACGACGAUUUUCAACGCCUGACGAACAUUCCAAAGACGAAACUGCCGCAGUGCCCAGCCGGGCCCAAGGCCAAGCAGCUGGUGGGCGACGAGUGUCCACUGCAUGUGCUGCAUCCGCCCACGGGCGAGGAGUUCGCCUUGGGCUGUGGCGUCUGCCGCAAUGCCCAGACUUUCUAGCAACAGCAGCGGAAACUUUUAUAGCUGCAGCUGCAGCGUUGCAUGCCACGUGACCCGCUGUCCCCGUCCCCCUAGUUACAUUACCCCCAUCCCACACACACACACACACACAGGCACACACACACAAAUAGAAACAUAAAUGUUAGAUUGUAAUCCGUAGGCAUACGAUCAUAUGUAUGCAUGUAUGUAUAUCAUAAUGCAAAUAUUUAAAUAAUUUGUAAAUCGUUUUUUUUUUUUGUUGCGCAUUAGCAAUUCUUUUAGUCGUAUAUGUAUGUAUGUAUGUAUUAUACUAAACAUGUGUAUGUGUAUUUAGCUACUGAUCAAUGUUAUCUACAUGCAUACGUGCAUUUCUGGAUACGUACAUAUAUGGAUAUGGACAUGGAUGGAUAUGGAUGUGGAUGUGGAUGUAAACACAAUGUAAUGUUAAGUAGGCUCGAAGUAAAUUAUGAGAUUGAAUUUCAAAGGCGAUUGGUAAUUGAUAAUGAAACUGAUAUCGAUAUCGAUACAUUUAUAUAUUGAUGUUGCACUUAUUAUAAAAAACAGUGUUAUUUAUAUACGCAAUACAUAUUUUGAAAUACUCAACAUUGGAUAUU